AUGUCUGUCCCCAGUCUUAAAUAUUGGCAAUACGUAGCUAGACAACCAAACUACUUUAAGCUACAUGUUUCUUAUAUAGUCAAUAAGGCUCUUAGAAUGUAUGGAUUUGUAGUACAGAGCUGUAGGAUGUUUCAAAUCACAGACUGUAUAAAAAGAUUAUAUGUUGCAUAUGUUAGAAGUAUUUUAGAGUACUGUUUAGUGGUAUGGAAUCCAUAUUAUGAAAAUUAUAAAUAUGACAUAAAAAAGGUACAAAACCAAUUUUUAAGAUACAUACAUUACAAAGAAAGUGGUGAGUAUAGAUUGCAUAUACCCAGAAUAGACAUAAUGAAAACUUACAAUCUUAAACCUUUAGAUAAUCGUAGAAAAAUUGCUUCUAUUAUGUUUUUGUAUCAACUAGUUAAUAAUUUCAUUGCAGAUCCUGAUCUGAUCGCGUAUCUCAACUUUCAUCAAGACGGUUCUCUUUGCGCCCAACACUGCCUCAACUCCCUUCUACAAGGCCCCUAUUUCACAGCUGUGGACUUAGGAACCCUAGCCAACAGACUAGAUGAAGAGGAACGCGAACAAAUGGCCGAAGGCGGCUUAGACAGCGAAGACUACCGAAAAUUCCUCCAGCAACCUUCCAGCAACAUGGACGACAGCGGCUACUUUUCCGUUCAAGUGAUCAGCAGCGCCCUGCAAGUUUGGGGCCUCGAACUAGUGCCUUAUUGCAGUAACGACUCGCGAGCCAAAUCCGCCUUGGAUCAGCCCAGUCGGAUGCAGGCGUUUAUUUGCAAUUACAAGGACCACUGGUUGAGCAUUAGGAAAAUCGGUAAUCAGUGGUUCAAUUUGAACUCGUUACUAGCCAAACCUCAACUUAUAUCAGAUACGUAUUUAGCGUUGUUUUUAGCUCAGUUAAGAACUGAUGGGUAUUCAAUUUUUAUAGUAUUUGGAGAACUUCCAGAGUGCACUGCCGAUGAAAUUUUAAGAAAUAAUCCUAUUGAAUCGUUUACGCAACACAGGCAACCGAUUGCGCAAGGCUCGUCUAGUGAAAGCGAUCCUGACAUGCAAGCAGCCUUAAGGCUUAGUUUGCAAGACAGCAAUGAUCAGCUAGAUAGUCCGGAUAUUGUUGACAGGGAACUGCAAGAGGCCUUAAGACUUAGUAUGCACGGAGCUAAUAUUUCUCCAGAAGAAGAAGAGGAAGAUGAGGACGUUGAAUUAAAAAAGGCCAUAACGAUGAGUUUGCAAUGUUUAUGAAAGUUAUCGGAUUGCAUUAAUUUACAGCUUUAAAUAUUUUUUUAAAAUUAUAUUUUUACAUUUGUGUGUUGAACUAACACUUGACUUUUAGGCUAGAGUGUGAUUUUUAUAAUGUUCGUUUUGCACUCUAAAUGUCAGGGGGUAAACCACUAAUUCCUUCAAAAAAGUGCUUUUAUAAUUCUUUAUCCAUUGAUGGAUCUGGUGUCACAUUUAGUGGAAAAGCAUUUUUGUCACAAUUUUUCACAAAAUCACUCAGUUGAUAUUUUACAAUUUGUGAUGAUUCAAUCAAAAACUAAUGCUCUUUAAGAUAAAGUAGGAUUGGAGUCUUAUAUCUUGCCAAAAUAUGGCAGUUUGAAAAUUUUGCCUUACUGGAAACAGGCAAAAUUACUCAUAGUUAUUCCUUUUAUACAGGGUGUUUUCUAAUAGAUUCUUUUCUUCCUUUUUCUACUCCAAAUGUUUUAAAAUUUUCUCAUUAAAAUGGACCCAAUAAUCGUCCCCUUUAAUACAUAUUGGCAAUCAAUUAGAAAACACCCUGUAUAUUUACCAAUUUGCAUGAUAUCACAAAAUAAUUCCUGUAAUUUCUUUGAUGUGUCUCUAAUUCUUCCACAAAUUCCUUUUGGGUUUACCUCUUUGUAUAAAAGGAAUUUACUUUUUACAGUGUUGAAGUUAACUAUGAAUUUGUGACACAUUUAUCAAAAAGCUGUCUUAUGUGUACUUCCACAUUGUCUGAAAUUCAUAGCAGCUUCACAAUUAAUUGUUAAUUACUACUUGUUAUGAACUACUUGUCCUAACCAUGAAUUAUUAUUGUAUUUUUUUGUGUGUUUAUAAUAAUAUUAAAUACUGUUUUAACAAAAAAAAAAACAACAAGA